UUUCUUCUUUUUUCUCUUUUUUUUUUCUUUAAUAAAUAAUAAUAAACAUGGCAGGUACAACACAUACAUCAAGCAUAUUCGAAGAUGGUCGAAGAAGGAGUAGUUGCUGUAACUUUUGUCAGAUAGAAAACACACAAUUUAAUCCCUUUGAUGACAAUAACAGUAAUCAUGGACCAUUAGCAACUCCUCCUCUAAAUAGCGUAUAUUUGGAUGAUGUACAACCGUUCUCACAGAUAUACAUUUUAAAUUUGUUUAUGGCACCUGACAUGAAAAGAUACCUGAUAGAAACCCCACUGUCUGAUGAUAUAUAUCAGCUUCCUGUACACCUUCAGAGGCUAGUACUCGAAGCAAGAAUGGAAUUAAAAAUGGUGAAAGAGAACGGUGCCUAUCAAAGAUUAGAACGAGUAAGAGAUUUUGUAAGAAGUGUAGCAGGUCCAGAGGAUACGGCUGCUAUGAUUCAAGUAGUAAAUCACCUUGUUUACGAUGAUGAUGAAUUGUCGACAAUAUUGGGUCAAUAAACUGUCAUUCAAUAUUCCCCCUGUAUUUUUAGUGGUUCUUCCGUAUUUUUCACUGCCGCUUUUGUCUCAGAUCAUAAAAAAUACGGGAAUCUCUUUUAACAACCACGUAUUGCACAGGUCACAAGUUGUGUUUCCGCUAAAUCUUUUUUUUUUGGAAUAUUCCCUAAGCAGCUUAGAAAAAAAACACUCAAAACCAUUUGGGAAAAAAAAUGUUUUUUUAA